UCAUGACUACGUCGGCUUAUUAUGUCACGCGUUAGAUAUGUGUCUCCAGUUCUCGCGAGGCAAUGAUAGGUGUUUGAGUAAAAAGGAACAGAAAUCAUACUUUAUUCAAAUUGCUUUUUUGGUAAAGUGCAUUUAUUUAUCCAUAUAUAUCUUCACACUCAAUAAUGAUGACAAACAAGAUAUAUACCUUGGGUGCCAUGGUUAUUGUUGUCAUGGUUAAAGAAGCCGUACUUGCGCCAGUCGUAAAUGAAUCGUUACCCGGAAAACCGCUGACUGAUAUGGGCAAAAGAUUGAAUAUUCCACAUCUCCAACUGACUGGCGAGGUCAUCAAUCAUUUAGCUCAUGAUUUACGCCAGGAAAUGGCGGAGAUUUGUCGUCUGCACCCGUCUUCUUUAUGGACAAGCUGGUCAAGAUGCAAGUUUAACGAACCAGGAAAAUAUGGCCAAUACGGAGCAUCAAACCGGUCAAGAAAUUGUGGAUUUAAUACUUCACUUUGCAAGAGGUACGGGGAUCGAAAUAUGGAGCACGAGCAAAGAAUUUGUAAAUGCAAAGAUGGGUAUACUGUUACGAAGCAUGGGUAUUGUCUAAAAUACUUUAAGAAGUAUCUUUCGUAUACCAAUGCUAAGAGUGAGUGUCAUAAGGAAGGUGGAUCUCUGGUAAAUGUGGGCUCUAAAAACAAAAAAGAAGACGUGACAUCCGUAAUGAAAGAGAUAACAUCUUCUGCAACAUUGUGGGUAGAUGGACAGAAAUCCUCAUCAAACGGUAAAUGGAAUUUUGAGAUUUCGCCAGAGGACCCGUCUUUCAGUUUCUGGUUUUCAGGGAGGCCGGGUUCAUAUACCUGUAUGGCAAAUACAUUAACCGGUAAUGUCCUAUAUAUGUACGACAAAAGUUGUAGUAAUUGUCUAUCAUACAUGUGUGAAUUUAUUCCCUAGAUAAAGACAAUAUACA